CAAGCCACCGCCAGUGGUGGAGACAGCAAGUUGCCUGAACACCGUUUCCAUGGAAACGUAAACAAAACGGCAGUAUACUGGCAGUGAUUUCUCUACGCACACUCCGCUCACUUCCUUUCAAGAAUUCACUUGAACAAUGGACUUGAACAACGUUAGGCGCGUAUCCUCCGCUGGCUACCGGUUACCGGACCCAAACAGCGGGACCAGGCCGGUGGCGACCCGGCCACCAGCGGACAGGACGCGCUACGCCAAAGGAGACGCGGUGUCCGCGGAGCUGAAACCGGACAGGAGUGAUCCCGUUCAACAGGACCGAGUGUGGAGAGAGCUGGUAUGGAGUGAAAGGAGAGGAGUGCGGGAAUGGGAGAAGAACUGGGACUUCCUCAGGAAAUAUGAUCAGAUGGGGCAGCUGAAGUCAGAGGAGCCUCCGCCCAGCUACGUGUCGCUCUUCUCUGAUGGUGUCCCCAACACCACCAACCAGAUGUUUGGCAGCAGACUGUCCACUCCGCUGGGGGUCGAACUGGUCAGAUUGGACAGGCUGUUACCCUGGUUUGGAAGCCAUCACAAGCGCAAGCUGGAUCCAGAGAUGCUGCCCUGCUAGACCGCUCUGAAGACGAGUCACUUCACAUCUGGGCCUCUGCACCAUCAGGUCUUGUUUUUUUACUCUGGACUCUGCAAAGCUGCCAUUGUACUGGCCUUAUGUGGAGCUUAGACGGGUUUGGCAUGGAGUGGCACUCACCAUAGCUCAGCCUAAGUGAGUUUAGAUUUUAUGGGUUGUUUUUUUUUGCUAUUUUAAUGAAGAGUGAAUAUUAAGUAAAAUACAGACAUCUACUUAUAAGCCAUAUUAGGUAAGGAGUCAGGAGUAAGAAAUAAAUGAUGUUUGCCAUCCUACAUUUACCAGAUAUGCAGUCCUUCAUUGAUCAUAUUGUACUUUAUGUCCAGAAAUUGUGUUUGUUCAUAGGUCUGGGUAUGCCACACACAAGCAGUACAAAACUUAAAGGUAUUUGCUGUCUGAUAAAGACAGGUGAGGAGGGAAGACACUGGCAGAUCAGAUUCACGUCAUCCGAGCUCCAUCGGGUAUUUAACCAGAUAGGUGAUAAUCUAACAAGAUACCUGAUCAAAUUUGGAUGAGUGAAAGGUUGUAUCACCGCUACAUUUCACCCAGUGCACUCAGAGAGAAUCUUACUGCUGCUAAAUAUAUCUUAUUUUGGUGUUAAAUUGGUUUUAUUGUUCAAAAAAACAUGUUGGUCCCCGCUGAAUUAGAAAAACUGAUCUUCAGAUGGUUUUGUGAUCUGGGUGUUGUGGAAUUGUAUCCGAAGUCUAUCUGACUGGAAUAAAGAUUGUGCAUUUUAAA